UGGCCCUGCCUCUUUUCUACCCGGCCUAGCAUCCGCUUCCGGUUCUCAGUCUGAAUUGGCGGUGAGCGGAGCCUGAGGUCGCUGGGGACUGCCCACUGGGCCUUGCCCGAGAUGGACAGCCGGAUUCCUUAUGAUGACUACCCGGUGGUUUUCCUGCCUGCCUAUGAGAAUCCUCCAGCAUGGAUUCCUCCUCAUGAGAGGGUACACCACCCAGACUACAACAAUGAGUUGACCCAGUUUCUGCCCCGAACCAUCACACUGAAGAAGCCUCCUGGAGCUCAGUUGGGAUUUAACAUCCGAGGAGGAAAGGCCUCCCAGCUAGGCAUCUUCAUCUCCAAGGUGAUUCCUGACUCUGAUGCACAUAGAGCAGGACUUCAGGAAGGGGACCAAGUUCUAGCUGUGAAUGAUGUGGAUUUCCAAGAUAUCGAGCACAGCAAGGCUGUUGAGAUCCUGAAGACAGCUCGUGAAAUCAGCAUGCGUGUCCGCUUCUUUCCCUACAAUUAUCAUCGCCAAAAGGAGCGGACUGUGCACUAGAGUUGCAGCCCACAGCCCUUCAUGUGGACUGUACCAUGACAUGCUAACUAGACUUCAGGGGAGCUACUUCUACUUUCAGCCCUUCCCUGUAAUAGUGGAGUUGGUAGGAUGGGAGACAGCUAACCAACUGCAUUACCCAAACUGUAUUACGCUUUUGGUUCCCUAGUUUUCUAGGUGAGCUUCAUUCCCUGAAAGGAGAAGGAUGAUGAUAUUUAGGCAAAACCUAGCCUGUGAGGAAUGUAGUUAGGAAAGACAACUGACAUUUAUUGAAUACCAUGUACUAGUCCCUUACACAUGUUAUAUUUUAAUUACAGAAAUCAGUAGCAAAAAGAAUCUUAGGGAUUUCCCAUCUGACUUGCCUGGCCAUCACAUCCCAUCAUUGUACUACCGGAGGUUUCAUACACUUUGGAGACUCCAAUGAGACCGUUUUUAUCCCUUCCUCCUCUUAGCCUCUCCCCCCAAAGUAAAACACAAUGCUGAAGAAA